ACACCAGACAGUCAUCCAUUGGUGUGCUGCAGCACCAGUAGUCGAUACCAAGCUCUACCCCGCUGAUACAUGUCUGGGUGUGAUGUUGCUGCCAUCGUUCCAUACUCUUGGCAUCAUUUGCUCACUAUACCUGCCACUGAUCACCCUUCGCAGUGUUUCUGUCUAUGCGCCCACGUCAUAUAAUGACCCAAAAGCCAUUCCGGUGAUCCCAACCUCUGAAAAUAUACUUGAGGGCGUGCAAAGGACAAACUGCAACGCAUUGAUGGCGGUUCCUGCAUUUAUUGAGUUGUGGGCGUUAUCUCCCUCUGCGAUAGAAAUAUUGAAAUCACUUCGAUUUCUUGCAUCUUCUGGUGGCCCGUUAUCUGAAAAAGUGGGCAAUGCGCUAGCAUCAGUAGGCGUACCUCUGGUAAACGUUUACGGUGGCACGGAGUGUGGUGGCCUUAAUUCAAUGUUUCGCCGAAAAGACGAGGUAUGCGAUUGGGUUUGGAUAAACUUGAGCCCUCGGGUGAUGUUUCGAUGGGUUCCACAAGGAGAAGGACUUUAUGAAUGUCAAAUUCUGGUAAGUGACGUUCAUUUUGGAUGUAUCUACGAAAUUGACAGAAAUGUGAAGGGCUAUGCGACCUCAGAUAUUUUCUUGAAGCAUCCUACUAAAGAAGGACUGUGGAAGCUGGUGGGAAGGAAAGACGACAUUAUAGUCCUUUCGUCGGGAGAAAAAACCGUUCCUGCGCCUAUGGAGAAUACCAUUGCAUCUAACCCUGUAGUGGGAGGUACUGUCAUGUUUGGCCGUGCCCGUAAUCACGUGGGGAUAUUAAUCGAACCAAGGCAAGGAUUUGACGUGAAUAUCGACGACCCGAAGCAAGUGGCAGCUUUCAGGAAUAGGAUAUGGCCGGAAGUUGAGGAAGCGAAUAAAGCUGCAGCAGCCUUCAGCCGCAUAUUCAAAGAAAUGAUCCUCAUCACUCGCCCAGAUAAACCCCUGCCUCGCACGGGGAAAGGAACUGUUAUGAGAAAGGCAGCCGUGACAAUCUAUGAUAAGGAAAUCGACGCUCUAUAUGACACAGUUGAAGCUAGCACCACUGUUAACAAAGAUGUGGAAUUACCGAAGGACUGGUCAGAGGAAUCUUUGGUUGUGUGGCUUGGGGAGCACGCUGCUCGCGUUAACUCAGAUAAGAAGGUAGACCCCGAAGUGGAUGUCUUUGAACAAGGUUUUGAUAGUUUAACUGCAACAUUUCUCAGAAAUCGAAUCAUUGGGUCACUUAGCUCCUCAACAGACAGUAAUGUGCGAACAACAGCCAGGCAAAUAGACCAGAAUAUCGUUUUCAGUAAUCCUACGAUCAAGCGACUGUCUCAGGCACUUGCUCGUGUGGUCUCGAACCCACAAUUCACUGGAAAAGAAGGCAGUCUCAUCAAUCGCAAGGUAGAGCUCGAAAAUACGCUGGCAAUGUAUUCUGAAGGGUUGCCGGGGACGUUGAGCCCACAGGUAGAGCAACCUAAUGGGGAUGGCCAUAGUUGUCACGUAGUUCUACUCACCGGUUCUACUGGUGGCCUAGGCUCUUACCUCCUUGCGUCGCUGCUAGAAAAUGAACAGGUUAGCCUGGUGUACGCUUUCAAUAGGUCAUCUAAGGAUGGAAAAUCAAGUGAAGAGAGACAGAAGGCAGGGUUCGAGGAUAGGGGUUUGGAUAUUGCUCUAUUGAGCUCGCCCAAACUCCGGUAUAUUGAAGGCGAUGCUGCACAGGAUAAACUGGGCCUAGGAGACGCUACUUAUGAUAAGCUACGAACGUCCAUCAACGUCAUCAUCCAUAACGCUUGGCGUCUUGAUUUCAGUCUUUCUCUCUCUUCCUUUGGGUCAAAUAUCAAGGGAACUCGGAAUCUCGUAGACCUCGCGCUAUCAUCCCCUAAUGCUCCAAGUUUACGUUUUUUGUUCACAUCAUCUAUUUCCUCCGCACAAGGGUGGGACAAGAGCAAGGGUGCUUGCCCAGAGGAAGUGCUGUUUGAUGCAAAUGUCGCGUCUGGUGGGUCUGGCUAUGGCGCUAGCAAAUAUGUCUGUGAGCGAAUACUCGAAAAAAGCGGUUUACAAGCGUCAUCAUUCAGGAUAGGACAAAUAUCAGGGGGACAACCAAGAGGAGCCUGGAGUGUUACGGACUGGUUCCCUAUGCUCGUCAAGUCGAGUCUAGCGCUAGGUGCUUUACCAGUUGCGAAAGGAGUUGUGUCUUGGUUGCCUCCUCAUGCGGUCUCUCAAGCGAUCUUGGACGUUGCCUUUGCAAAGGCGAAGCCUCCUCCAGUAAUCAACUUGGUGCAUCCCCGGCCUGUUCAAUGGGCAGCACUGAUGCAGUCCAUAGGGGACGCACUGGUACACAACAACUUACUAACUAAACCCCUUCCUAUUGUGGCAUUCGAAGAAUGGUUUUCGAGAUUAGAACAGAAGGCAAUCGGCGCGAGUGCAGACGAUUUUAAGGAAAUGCCUGCGCUGAAGUUACUUCCUUUCAUGCGCAUGAUCGCCCAAAGUGAUAAGUCAAUUCGAAAGGUAACAAGUGAUGGUGAAGCAGGAGGAUUUGUUGUCUUUUCUACGACGAAAGCACAGCAACUAAGUCGAACGAUGAGAGAGCUUGCUCCGAUUACAGCUGAAGACGUGGCCCUUUGGAUGAAAUACUGGGCCUCAAAGGGAAUGUUUAUGUAAAAAUAACUCAAUAUCAUGGAAUCUGAGCAGACUGAAUUUUCACUCAUUGGUAACAUACACACUGCUAUAUCAUUUUGACCUGAAGUUUAUGAGGUUCGAGUUUGUAUAAUCAACAAGCACUCAGCUGUU